AACCCCUGAGCGAGUAAAACCCUAAAAGAGAAGAAGACGAAGGAGAUGGGAGAUGAACUGGAAGAGACAGAGAUGGAGAAGCUGGUGAAGUUGGGAUCGUACGAAGGGAAAGUGAAGUUAUUGAUGGAUGAUGGUGGUGGUGGUGAGUCAAUUUCAGAGUCAGAAUCAGCUGCAGAAGAGACCAUGUUACUGUGGGGAAUUCAACAGCCAACUCUCUCUAAACCCAACGCGUUCGUCGCCCAAUCGUCUCUGAACCUCCACAUUGACGCUUGUGGCCACUCUCUCAACAUUCUUCAGUCUCCUUCUUCCUUGGGCAAACCGGGAGUAACUGGAUCAGUGAUGUGGGACAGUGGAGUUGUAUUAGGAAAGUUUCUAGAGCAAGCUGUGGACUCAGGAUUGCUUUUUCUUAAAGGAAAGAAGAUCGUGGAGUUGGGUUCUGGUUGUGGUUUAGUUGGCUGCAUUGCAGCUCUUUUGGGUGCUCAAGUUAUCCUCACAGAUUUGCCGGAUAGACUGAGACUACUGAAAAAGAACAUUGAAACCAAUCUGAAUCAUCGAGAUUUGCAGGGCUCUGCCACAGUUAGGGAGCUAACAUGGGGAGAUGACCCUGACCAGGAAUUGAUUCAACCUUUACCUGAUUAUGGUAAUGCCUCUCGUUAUUUUUUCUUAUUUUCAGAAUCGUAUUAUCGAAACAGAAAUGGGGUCGUAGCUUGUUUCUUGAGUCCACUGGAAGAACCCAUUCUCAAGAAGCUCUUAAGCUAUCUGUUUCAGGAGCCGAUUGCAUUCGCAGGUGGGAUCUUUGCUGGUCUUUUGAGGCUUGAUUUGAAUGAAGAUCCAUUGAAAGAGUGGGUUACAAGACUGCUGACCGCCGGAAUUACAGAGGAAGAAAUCAAUGCUCAAGGCUCAAAGACUGAAGAAGAAGUCCCAGAACAAAUUGAGAUUGAUGAUGAAAUUUUUUGCAUAUAA